UGGGCGUGUGGGGCAAGGUGGCUGGGUGGGCUAGGGCUGGGGUCUGGCCCGCCCGACUUCAGCCUCGCAGAGCCUGCUAUCCUGGAAGACACGAUGGAGAGCAGGUGCUACGGCUGCGCUGUCAAGUUCACCCUCUUCAAGAAGGAGUAUGGCUGUAAGAAUUGUGGCAGGGCCUUCUGUUCUGGCUGCCUCAGCUUCAGUGCAGUGGUGCCCCGAACUGGCAACACCCAACAGAAAGUCUGCAAGCAAUGCCACGAGGUCUUGACCAGAGGGUCUUCUGCCAAUGCCUCCAAGUGGUCACCACCUCAGAACUAUAAGAAGCGUGUAGCAGCCUUGGAAGCCAAGCAGAAGCCCAGUCCCCAGAGCCAGGGACUAAGCCAGCAAGACCAAGUCAUCGCUGAGCGCCUAGCACGGCUCCGCCAGGAAAACAAGCCCAAGUCAGUGCCCUCGCAGGCAGAGAUAGAGGCACGGCUGGCUUCACUGAAGGCUGAACUCCGGGGUCCCAUCCCUUCCACCCAGGAGAUGGAGACUCGGCUUGCAGCACUGCAGGGCAGAGUCCCACCUUCUCAGACCCCUCGGCCGGCACAUCAGACACCAGACUCCAGGACCCAGGCUGAGCAGACGCAGGAUCUGCUAACACAGCUGGCAGCUGAGGUGGCUAUUGAUGAACGCUGGGAACGAGGAAACCCAGCUGCUGCCUCUCUCCAGAAUGACCUCAACCAGAGUGGUGUAGGGAGCCAGCACACUAAUUCCCAGGCGCAGGCCAGCUGGUCCCUGGAAGAGAAGCACAGGCUCCUGGCUGCGGCAGCAGUUGAACUCCGGGAGGAAAACACCAGGCAGGAGCAGAUCCUGGCCCUUGCCAAGCGACUGGCUGUGUUGCAGGGACAGGACCCCGACAGAGUGACCCUCCAGGACUGCCGCCUCCCAGACAGUGAUGAGGAUGAGGAUGAGGAGACAGCCAUCCAGAGAGUCAUGCAGCAGCUCACUGAAGAAACUGCCUUGGAUGAGGCAAGUGGCUUUAACCUCCCUGUGGAGCCAGCUUCCCAACCUCGGGCCCAAGCCUGGAAGGCAAAGCCUGAGUCCCCCAAGGUCCAGCCCAUGGCUCGUAGGCCUGAGACUGAGGAGGAAGAGCUCCCCUGGUGCUGCAUCUGCAAUGAGGAUGCCACCCUGCGCUGCACUGGCUGUGACGGAGACCUCUACUGUGCCCAGUGCUUCCGGGAAGGCCAUGAUGCCUUUGAGCUGAAGGAGCACCAGACAUCUGCCUAUCGUCCCCGACACGCUGGCCGAGAGCACUGAGAAAACCCUGGCCCUCCUGGGAACCAGCCCUCUGGGCAGCCUGCAGGCUGGCACCUCUAGGCCUAGGCCAUCCAAUGGGACAGCAGCUUAGGCUCUACUGAUGAUGAAUGUGCCCCUCUGAGCCUUGUUGUCCCUGGAAGGAGGAAGAAUUUCAUUCGAGAUGAUGACUGGAGUAACCAGAGAAGAACAAGUAGGUACUGGGCGUGGUGGCGCACGCCU